GGGAAUUUUCAGUUCUUUUAAAAUAAAUUUUUUAAAAUUUAAAGAUUGUCAUUUAAAUUCGAUAAUAAUUAGCGAAAUACUUUUUGAUGAUCAAUCUAACCAAAAAAAAAUUAGCAUGUCAAAUCCAGGUUCUAUUAAUAAGCCGUCGACAAGCGGCGAACAAAAUUCAUCACAAGAAUUUGAUGAAAUGAACAUCGAUUUAUUGAGUUAUCUGGAAAAAUUCAAUCCAAUUCUAUUAAAUCAGCUUUAUGAAUGUCCAACUGCAUGUUUAGCAGUUUUUCGUGAAUUACCGUCGUUAGCUCAGAAUUUUGUUCUUAGAUUAAUGUUUAUUGAACAACCGAUUCCACAAGCUGUUGUUUCAUCUUGGGUUAAAUCUAUAAGUGAUUACAACGAAGCUGCAGAUGUACUCACAAGACUUCAAAUAUGGAAACUGACACCGAUGCAAUCUGGAUUGCCAGGUCGAUUGUUGAAUACAACUUUUCAAAAGAGUCUUCAAACAUCAUGGCUUGGAGGUGGUAAACAACGUUCAAUAUUCAAUGCUCUUGGAACGGAUAAACAUCGUCCUGAUAUCGAAACAUUGGACAAUUAUUCUAUCAACAAACGAUGGGAUUCAGUUCUGAAUUUUAUGGCUGGUGUCAAAUUAAAAGAUUAUAAUGAUAACAUUGGUGAAAUAACGAAAAAAGUUAUCUUUCAUGCCGGUCUAAUCGAAACUGAUAGUAAUAACGAAAUUAUUAUCACUGCUUCGGGUUUUCAAUUUCUUCUCAUGGAUAUUUCUUUACAAAUAUGGUACUUUUUAAGAAAAUAUCUAGAACUUGUUGAAAGUUUUGGUUUUAAUUUUGUCGAAUGUCUUGGCUUUAUAUUUGAACUAAACUUUUUGACACUUGGAAAGAGUUAUUCCACUGAUGGUCUCAGCGAAUCGAUUCAAUCAUUUUUACAACAUCUGAGAGAAAUGGGACUUGUUUAUCAAAGAAAACGUAAAGAUGGUCGAUUUUAUCCAACAAGAUUAAUGAUUCGUUUGUUUGAAAGUGUUCGUCGAAAUUUUCAAUUAUCAAAUUUAGCUUUAACACAACAGUAUAAUAAACGACAAGGUUUUAUUGUUGUCGAAACAAAUUAUCGUGUUUAUGCAUAUACCGAAUCACCAUUACAAAUAGCAUUGUUAACAUUGUUCAUCGAAUUGAAUUAUCGUUUUCCAAAAUUUAUUGUUGGUCUUAUAACACGUGAUUCUGUUCGUACUGCUUUCAAGAAUGGUAUAACAGCCAAACAGAUUACACAUUAUCUAUCGAUGCAUGCACAUCCAAAUAUGUAUUCGGAAAAACGUUCAACAGUUAUACCGAGUACAAUUAUUGAUCAGAUAUUUCUUUGGGAACAGGAACGUAAUCGUUUAACAUUCUGUGAUGGUGUUUUAUAUUCACAAUUCAAUUCUCAAACCGAUUAUGAAGCAUUAAAAAAAUACGCUUUUAAUCUGGGUGUCAUUUUAUUCGAAAAUUCAUCACGACGAUUAUUGGUGGUCACUCCAACCGGUCAUGAAGAAGUCAAACGAUUCUGGAAAAAACAUAAAAAAGAAAGAGAUUAAUGAUUUAUGUUUAUGCCUGUCUUGUAUUGAUUU